GGUGGGAUUGUUGGGAUGUCCUGUGCUGGGCCAGGAGUUGGACUGGAUGAUCCUGGUGAGUCCCUUUAAACUCAGAAACUUUAAUUUAAACUUAAAAUUUAGCUUAAGAGUGGGUCCCUUUAAACUCGGAAUAAAACUCAGAAACAGCUAUUCCGUGAUUCUGUCAUCUUUUCCUUAUGCUCUGCUGUUUUACAUGUCCUGCCACACCUCUAUCUGACUGUCCUUCCUCCUGGCUUCUCUCUGCCUGGCACUCUCUUCUGAGGUUAUUUGGACUCCUGUUGGUAUCCCUGGCUGCUUGGUAUUUGGGAUACUUUGCUGCUGCUCAUGUACCCCAAAAUGCAGUAUCUAUUGAUGCACUUCAAGAGAUUGUAAAGAAACCAGUGUUGAAGGCCCCAGCCCCCAAGAGGCAGAAGUGUGACCACUGGUCUCCCUGCCCGCCAGGGAACUUCGCCUAUCGCAUCCUCAGUGGAGGUGGCAAACAGAGGAGGGCUAAAAUUUGUUUUGAGGAUGAGCAGCUUGUAAGUGAAUGGAAUAAUGAUAUUGGAAGUGGUAUAAACAUUGCCAUUGUGAAUUAUAAAACAGGAAAACUCAGGUCAACAAAUUUUUUUGAAAUGUGGAGUAGAGACCACUCAAGGGAGAUGAUGAAUUUCAUCAGGAAUGCACCAGAAGGGUCCCUCAUUCUGAUGGCCACCCACGAUGAUGGCAGCACCAGGUUGAGUAACGACGCCAAAAAAUUAGUAGAAGAACUGGGAAGUAAAGAAAUCAAGAAUAUUAAGUUCAGAUCAAACUGGGUUUUUAUAGCUGCCAAAGGCUUCAAGCUGCCAGACAAUAUGGAAAAAGAAAAGAUAAAUCACUCUGACAAGACGAAGAACAGAUACAAAGGCUGGCCAGCUGAAAUCCAAAUAGAAGGCUGUAUCCCAAGAAACCUGAUCUGAACAAAUGCAUACCUCAUUAAUAAAGACAAUUUUAUAUUUUUA